GUAGUUUUGUGCUGCUAACCUUUAUUGUAUAUAUAUUUUUAUAUGGUAACAAUAUUUGUAAUUUCUUACUAAAAAUAAUUUAUUUGGAAACUAAUAUGAGUCACUCAUUUGAAAAACUAAGAGUACUUGCUAUUCAUGGAUAUGCUCAAUCAGAUGUUAUUUUUAAAUCAAAAUUAGGUUCUUUGAGGAAAGGAUUUAAGAAAGAAGUAGAAUUUACAUUUUUAAGAGCACCGCAUGAAGUUCCAAUGAAAAGUAAUUUUGGUACUGAUGGAGUAGAAAAAGGAUAUGGAUGGUGGUUUAAUACAGAAGAUCAUAUAUUUAAAGCAAUUGUUCCAAGCAAUUUAUCUGUAGGUUUUGAAGAUAGUACAGCUGUAAUUGAAAAGGCAUUUCAAGAAUCUGGUCCUUUUGAUGGCAUUUUAGGUUUUUCACAGGGUGCAGCAUUUGCAGUUUUACUGUGUUUUAUGCAACAAAAAAAUUUGUUGAAAAUUAAAUUUGAUUUUGCAAUUAUUAUAUCUGGAUUUAAGUCAUUAUGCACACCUCACACAAUGUAUUAUGAUGAAAAAAUAAGUAUACCUUCCUUACAUAUAUAUGGAGAGGCUGAUCAAGUUAUUUCAGCAGCAAUGGCAGAAGAAGUUAGUGAAAUGUUUGUAAAUAAAACUACAUUAACUCAUGUUGGUGGUCAUUAUGUACCAAGCAAAAAGGAAUAUUAUACAGAAUUUAUUAUAAAAAUGUUAGAACACAAAAAUAAAAAGAAUGCCUAAAUACUGA